AUGGACGAAGAAGCCCGCUGGGCCAACCCGGUCCACGUACCGAGGCCACCCUCACUUAAGCCCGCACGAAGGUUCUCCGUCCCAUCGGUGGUCUACUCCACAAAGACAGAUUUACAACUGGAUGAGAAAUCAGGGUUACUUAGCAACGCACAGGGUGAUUACGCUAAUCAGCUAGGUCGACAUGUCCCUGGGACGGGGCGGAGGGUGUUGUGGUGGGACGAUAGUAGUGGACGUGAUUGUCCCGCUCAGGAGUCGGCUUAUUCAGAGAUUAGUGCCGCGGAUCCCAACGAGUGGUCAAAUCAAAGGCCCUCGCUCAGUAAGAGGUUCUUGAGCUCGGAUUUAGUGCAGAGUGAGAGUUUGGGCAAACACAACCCUAGCAGUUUAACUCGUCGUCCGGCCUCGAGCGGGGGAAGGACAGGAUGUAGUCGCACCGGGCUCGACGCCCUGAGCUCACCGUCAUCAUCCCCACCGUCACACUCUGACAUCGGGCUGCAUCGACCACGCGUGGUUAUGCAGCUGGCAGCAGACGCAGCGUUGCCAGGGGCCCGGGAGAGGAAGAGGCCCAUACUGUUGAAACAACGGGAGAGAACACCUGCCUUGAAUAUCGACAACUCGACUGUGCUGCUCUCGUCACAACAUGCGCCAUCACUGCCACUAUCAUCGUCACCGCCGUCAUUACCCGACACAAACCCAAGUCGAGCAGAGAACCGGAGGCGGAGACUAAGCUAUGCAGGGGAAUCUGUCAGUCUGGUGUCCUCAUCUCUCGGAAGCAAUCUAUUGAUCAGUAGCUCGAGUGCGAGAAACCGGAGGAAAUCCACAUCUGUCUUGCCGUCCAUCUCACAGGCUGCUACACCGGAGAUGUCUCUCCCUACACCGUCUCAACUCGGGCCAGAUACCCGUAGAGUCCUCGGUGCACCGGGGGCUCUACAGACCCGCUCCCUACCAGAGGAGGGUCAAUAUGUGCCCGUAGUAGGUGAAAAUGCACACGUGUUGAACAGGAAAAAAAUUAUCAACUCUAACGUGAGUUUGGAGUAUAAGCGGGUCAUGGGCGACUUGAAAGUCCCGGCUGGUGGUAAGCAGAACGCUCAAAUGGGAAAACGCUUACUCAGUAAAAGAUGGAGCUCACUUCAGACUUCAAUACUCACGAAGAACCCCGCAGAUGACGGUGGAUCGUCGGGUGACGACGGGCAGGAAUCAUCGGGCAUCAGCCACGGGAAAGAAAGUCCGAUAUAUAGGGUCGGUACUCCGGACAUCAUCGCGGGCGAGCGGAACAACAACGACCCCGAUAAGCAUCCGCGCAGCCGGGGCUGGAUCUUCAUCAAAGACAAUCUGAGGUCGAUCGCAGACAUGUCACCGAGAGACAGUAUAGACUCCAAACCCCUGAGUUUCAAGAACAUCGCCGAUUUGGUCAAGGCGAAGGAGUUCAGACUGAUGAUGAAACGACGAGCGAGCUUCAUCGAGAACGGCCGGUUUCAAUUCGAGGAGGCCAAGCAGGAUUUAUACCGUAGGUACGGCAGAGCUAACGGCGACGGAAACGCUGCUGCUUCGGAGAAGAAUCAGAGAAAACCCGAAGGAACUAAAGUGAUUAACAGACGAAAACUUGGUGGAAUAUCGGGGAGUAUUUGAAGCGAAUUUUUGUAUAAUUUAUAUAAAUGUAAAGUGCAGUAAGUUUGCAGUGUGACUGUGGU